GUGCGAGCGCAGCCCGCAGGGUUAUACUGGCGUUGUCGCAUCCGCACGAAACAACUUGAAGUUGACACGGUACACAAAUCAUCAAGCAAGUUACAACUGGCAAUUCAGUUACAUUCGCAUAUUGAUGUGGAGUUGGUGUAUUCCUGCGUGGUAUUAUUUUGUUUAAAAUUACGAGGGAGGAAAGACGAAUAAUAGAAACCAGAAUGUAACAAAACAAAAGUGAAUUUUAAAUUAAAAAAUCUCUUCAACUCCUUUGUUACUAACGUUGACAAAAUACUUUCUAAAACGUAUUUAAUUUUCCGCGUGUGUCUCGUUUCAUGCUCGCGCCAACAAACGUGUGUUUGUAUGUAUAAAUAUUAAUUUUAUAGUUGUUAAACAUUCAAAAUGACUAUAUCAUAUGCCGGUGAAGUUCCCAAUGGUAGCAGUUUUGGAUGUUUCUGGCGGAUACUAUGCAAAUGGCGAGGAAGUGUUUAUAAAUUGGUUUGGCGCGAGCUGCUAGCAUACCUUACACUCUACUAUACUAUUAAUUUAUUAUACCGUUUUGCAAUGACGGAAGAACAACAGAGGAUAUUCGAGAAAGUGCGUCAAUACUUCGGCGCGCAGAGUGAGACGAUUCCAAUGUCGUUUGUCCUUGGCUUCUACGUCAGCCUGGUAGUGAAGCGGUGGUGGGAGCAGUACAAGCUGCUUCCAUGGCCAGACACACUGGCACUGUUUAUCUCCGCUGGAAUACCUGGUGCGGAUGAAACUGGAAGGCUGAUGAGGAGAAAUAUUGUUAGAUACGCGAUAUUAGCUUAUGUAAUAACUCUUCAGAGAGUAUCUCUACGAGUUAAAAGAAGAUUUCCAACUUGGCAACAUGUUGUUGAUUCUGGACUCAUGCUUGAAAGUGAACGUAAAGUGUUCGAGAAAAUGGAUGGGAAAAGUCCCAUGUCUAAAUAUUGGAUGCCAUUGGUUUGGGCUACGAAUAUCAUCAAUAGGGCGAGAAAGGAAGGUCUUAUUACAAGUGAUCACAUCGUUCAAACGCUGUUAGUUGAGCUUUCGGACAUAAGACGUCGGCUUGGGGCACUCAUUGGUUAUGAUACUGUAUGUGUACCACUGGUUUAUACGCAGGUCGUCACUUUGGCUCUAUACACAUACUUUGUAGCCGCACUUAUGGGCCGUCAGCUGAUUCCACCCGCCCCUGGAAGCACAUCAAAAUACGAGCCUGAUGUCUACUUUCCCUUAUUUACUGCUCUUCAGUUCUGUUUCUACGUGGGAUGGUUAAAAGUAGCCGAAGUUCUAAUUAAUCCUUUUGGUGAAGACGACGACGACAUUGAACUCAAUUGGUUGAUCGACCGACACAUUAAAGCUGCCUACAUGAUUGUGGAUGAAAUGCACGAAGAACAUCCGGAACUUUUAAAAGACCAGUAUUGGGAAGAGGUGGUGCCCAAAGACCUGCCUUAUACCGUUGCAUCGGAACAUUAUAGACGCCACGAACCCCCUUGUUCUGCUGACCACUACAAGGUGAAGGCCGAAGACUCAGUGUACGCUAAUGUCAAUAUACCAAGGAAAAGCCAUGAUGAAACAUAUGCGGAUUAUGAAAGUGUGGAUACACCUAUUGUGGAGAGAAGAAAAAACUGGUUCCAACGACAAAUAUCUCGAGUGGAUUCCGUCCGAUCAGCAUCAACAGCAUAUUCUUCUGGUGGAUUAUUUGGACGAAACCGUCUUAACUCAGUUGUAUAUUCAAGUCCAGAAGCAGGGCAGACAGCUACGCCUACCACUUCUCACCACAAAAUGUCUUUGUAUGAGAGACUAGUUGGACGCAAGUCGGGGAGAGGGCAACAUAGACAAAACUCAAAACAUGGCCAGCGAAGCAAUGGUUCCGCUAUUCCCAUAACACUUAGAAAUAGGCCCCGUAUUCCAACUCCUGAAGUUACAAAGGAAGUAAUAGAUAGAGAGAAUCAUCUCAAUAUGGGGAUACCGAAUAUGGGUGUUAUAAUGGCACAUCAGGGCUACCAAAACGAGGUUCCAGUGUUGGGCGCCUUAGUACUGUCACCUAUUGAAGAACUAGAUAGUGGAUCAGUAAACAACACGCUUCAUGCUGGCCAGCCUGGAACCACUGCGCUGGCGCAAGCAGUACUAUCACCGAAUUUAGCUCAAGGGCUUCCCGCUAUGUUGAAUACUAAUAAUAUUGUGUCCUCGGUGACGCUAACACCUAUGAACGUCACCCAAUUAAGUGCAGUCGUCAUGUCUAGUGCUCCAUCGACGCCGCAGGGCGUAAGAGCCUCCACGCCACUAGCGACAAGAGCGACUGUUGUAGAACUACCUUCUGACCGCGACAGCGAACACAGCGGUAAUGGCGCGCCCACGAACAUGAAAAGCAGCCUUAACGGUUCGAAACGCGGCGAAGUCUAUGUUUGAUACCCAUAUACAAUUGACUAGCUAACUUUCAUAGGGAAUACUUCGUCGCCACAGUGGCAGUGAUGUGCCAAAUUAAUCCUACCGAGAAUAAGUUCUCACAUGAUCGUGGCAAUCCCGAUUUAGAUACAUACAUUCCAAUUAUGUAGUACACAACUCUUAUUCUUUGACUAUAUAAUUGCUGGAAGUGGAAAUCUGUAAUGGAUAUAGAUCCAUAGAGUUAUCGAACUAUAGAGUUAUCAUAGUGUGCAACUUAUAGAGAAUAUUAUUGAGAGAUUCACGAACAUAUUUAUUUACAUAAUGGCUAUGUAUUAUCUAAGCGGCGAGAAAUAAAAAUGUGCAACGUGGCUUCGGACGAACUAAGUGAGAUUUUAACUGAUUUUGACAUGUUUUAUAAGACUAAUUUUAAUUGGCGACUUUGGUCAAAUAUAAAUUGAAUUGAAUGUUUAUGAUUUGUAAGACAUUGACAAUAUUUUUAUUAUAUUAUGAAUAAUUAUUGUGCCACUUUGAAUAAAUAUAAGUGUUGCAAGCCUUAUUGUACUAGAUAUAUUAAAUGAAAUAGGUUAGUGAAGUUUUAGAAAAUAUUUUUAUUAAUGAUACAGAGAAUUUAUUUUAUAUCUCUAUUGAGAAGUGUUAAUAACUUGAUAUUGGAGCUAGUAACAUUAAUAAAAUUGUAAAUAUACAUGUUUUAAAAUUCGUCAUAUUCUUACAUCACUUAUGUGCAAUUUUUGUGUUUAAUUUAUAGGAUAUAUGCUUAAAGCUCUUUAAAAAAAUUAAAUUAAUUUUUAUAGCAAUCCGUCCAUCCGUCCAUCAUGUCCUAAUGUAAGUACUUAGUUCCUAAUAUAUGUAUUAUUAAAGACAUUGUCUGUGGGCAUCGCGUGCCUGUCAGCUCUGAAUUAUCUUUGUUUAUAAUUUUUGUUUACAAGUUUAGUCGCCGUAAGAUUGGUUUAUAUAAAAUAGCGCGCUUAUAUUAAGAA